AAUUAGUAUAGAUUGGGUAAAUUGGUUGUGGCUAUUGUUAAUAUGUGUAGGUUUGUGGAUUUGGGUAGUAUCCAGUAUAGAGGAGGUGUUGUCGAAUUUUUUUUUAACAUUUGAAUUUAAUUAUAUAAUUAUUUGUAUAAAAUUAUGUAGAUGCGUAGAACAAAAACCAGAGCUGGUCACUCACGUAUGGUUGCAGCUAGUUCGUCUAGCAGCGAUGAUGAUAUUUCCUUAGGUGCCUUUCAAGAAGAGGCACCUACACCUCCUGCGCCGUCAACCGAUGUUGCCUCUUCCAGCGCUACUUCACAGCACAGAGGCAGCGUGCCUUCACAGCGGAAUCAAUUUACCCGCCAGUACAAGGCACAGUGGAAGGAUGAUCUUUCAAUGUUCACAAACAUUGAAGCCGCCCGAGUAAUAUCAUCGGCGUUUAAAUCAUCGAUGGAGAUUCCAUUGUUUUAAUGGAGUCAGAUAUCAAAACAUGCUGA